AUGGAUAAUAGUUUAGCAGAAUGGCUAAAUGGUCGUCACUUACCUCAUACGUAUACCUUGAAAAGACCGCCUAGUUUUCCUGCUGAUCUUACUGUUUCACCUGAUAAAAUUAUUGGUUCCUUGGCUGGUUUGGCUCUUGGAGAUGCAUUAGGUGCUCAUGUUGAAUUCCGACCACGUUCUUAUAUGUUAAAAAAUCCUGUCAGCAAGCUCAUUGGCGGGGGAACAUGGGGGUUAAAACCUGGUCAAUGGACAGAUGAUACAUCCAUGGCUUUAUGUUUAGCUACCAGUCUUAUUGUUAAUCAAGAUUUUAAUCCAUAUGAUCAGCUUGUCCGUUACAAAUGGUGGUGGAAACAUGGUUAUAUGUCAUCUACUGGAACCUGUUUUGACAUAGGUACAGCAACACAAGAAUCACUUCAAGAAUUUUAUAAAAGACAAAUGAGGCUCAAACAGCAUUUGCAAACUGAGCAUUCAAUAGAUAUGCUUCCUAAAGAGAAAAGAGAAAAGUUUGACUGUUACUGUAGUCACUCCGGAGUGGCCGGCAAUGGAGCCUUGAUGAGGUUAGCACCUGUUCCUCUGUUUUUUUCUCGCUCCCCAGUUCAUGCUGUAGAGUACGCCGGUAUAAGUGCUCGUUUAACACACGGCGAUGAGAAAGCGGUUGAUGCCUGUCGAUAUUAUGCCGCUCUGAUCUGUGCAGCGGUUAAUGGCUACAAUAAAGAUGAGUUAUUACAUGAAAAAUUUUAUCAAAGUCACUUUGAUAAGGGUUGGUUUGGCACUAAACAUUUGCAUGAAGAAGUUUAUCGAGUUGCUCGGGGUUCCUACAAAAAACAUAACGGCUACGAUGAAGGUAUAAGAGGGAAAGGAUACAUCGUUAAUGCAUUAGAGGCCGCUCUAUGGGCGUUUUGGGGUGACAAUGACUCAUUUAAGGAUGGUGCAUUGAGAGCCGUUAAUUUAGGCGAUGAUACUGAUACCACAGCAGCCAUUUACGGUCAGUUAGCUGGAGCUGUCUACGGUAUGAAAGGUUUGCCUGAGGAAUGGUUGAAUCAGUUGUAUGCUAGAGAUUUUAUAAUUUGUCUUGGCAUGUGGAUACACGUUAAAGGUUAUCAGUGGAUUGUGAGUCUUAAUGCUAAUUUGUGGGAAAGCCAGCUUGUGCAACCUGACAAACUACAACUUCAUAUCAAUGGCAACGUACAACAGCCUGUCAGUAAUCAACAACAUAUUCGUCAUGCACCACUCCAAGCGCCGAAUAACAAAGGGAAUAGUGAAAAAAAUUUGAAUAUAAAAUUUAACCAUCCAGCAUCAAAUAGAUGUCGUCAUGUCAUUGGCUACAAUGUACGUUCUCAACCAAUGAUUCAACCAACAAACAACAAUCCCAAUACAGUUAAAACUAAAAACACCUCACCCAAAGUGAGUUCAGGUUAUGGUAUGCCUAAACACGGACCGGAAUUUGGACGACGAAAAAGUGGUAUUACACCGAAGAACUAA